AUGUUAACUAAGAGCAGACCUUUGAUUAGAAAUGUAUUGAAAAAUCUGGGCAGCUUGAGAUACCUAAGCUGCACUAGUCAUAUUGGAUCCUCUGUGCCUUUGGGUAUUGAUACAACCUUAGAGAAUAAUACUGUCACAGAAACAAAUAGAUUAUCAAAAACUUUAACGAAAUUUUGGGAUAAAGUAUCUAUAAAAAAUGAUCUGAUCAAUAAUAAUAUAUUGAUUCAAUUGGAUGGAAGAACCAUUAAUACACCAUUAGGCAAUAAAUUAGCGGUGGACUCUUCACGAAAAAUGCUAGCAUAUUUAUUGAUGAAUGAAUGGAAAAACCUACCGUCACUUUCUAUUAGACAAUAUUCAUUACCAUUAACAUCAUUAGUUUCACGUUGCAUCGAUCUUGAGAAACUACAUUUGGAAGGUGAUGCCGAUGCUAUUGAAAAGUAUAACGGUAAUCUGGAGAAAAUGAUUUCGGAUACUUUAAGGUAUUUAGAUACUGAUACAUUAUUAAUAUUUUCUCCAAGGAAAGAAUUUGAAGGUAAACUAAGGGAAGAGCAAGAUAAAUUGUAUCUUCCAAUAAUUGAGCAAAUUGAAAGGUUUUUAUCAAAACUCUCUAAAAAGUCUAUCAAGCUAAACGUUUUGGAUUCAGAUCUACACGGUUUACGUGGUAAUCAGCAAGAUAAAGAUACUAGAGAAGCUGCUGCAAAUUAUCUGAGAUCCUUAUCAUAUUGGGAUUUAGCUAUUUUUGAGAAAGUAGUAUUGACAACAAAGUCUUUUAUUUGUGGUAUUUUAGUUAUUUUGAAUAAAACAAAUGGAUCAAGUGAACUAGGCAUUUCUCAUACCACCGAAGAUAUUAUAAGAUAUUCCACAUUGGAAACUAUAUUUCAAACUGAAAGAUGGGGUGAAGUCGAAGACACUCAUGAUGUUAAUAAACGUGAUAUCUUUAGGAAUAUUACGGCAGCAUCUAUUGUCGCAUUCAAAGAAUAG